AUGUCGUCAGCCUUUGCUGCGCAGUUGCGCACCAUCGCCGAGAAUUCCACAAACGUGUUGAACCUCCGAGCACGUCGCGAAGCCCAUGGCGAAUCCCUAAUAUUCGAAAAAUCUGUUGCCGUUAAGCAAGACUGGGAUACCAUAUACCAAAUUUGCAUUGAGGGAUUCCAAGAACUGUGCGCUCUGGAUUCGAGGCUGAAUGAGUUUAACCAGAAUCUCUUCAGCCGUCAGGCAAAAGACCAGGACAGAGACCAACUGAGCAGACCGCAGAAUGAGGCUUUGGAUGUGGUAAUAGAGAAAUGCUUGGCUCUCAUCGGCGGCAAACUUCUACUCCGGCCUGGAGUCAAAGCAGUCGAAUGGCUCAUAAGGCGAUUCCGGGUGCACUUCUACAACGCUGGUGCGCUUCUCGCGACCUUCCUUCCAUAUCACGAAAGCCCAGUAUUCCGAAAUCUCCUGAGCAUCAUUCCCGCAAACAAGAUCACAACUGAAUGGAAAUUCUUGGGACCAUACCACAAGACCAUGUCCAACGUACCAAGACACGCUCUUGUAUACAAUGCCACCCAUAAUGAGGGGUUUUUCUCGACUUUCAACGGCUAUGUCAUCCGCGCAUGUCAAGAAGGAGCAGGCAACACCAUUCUUCUUCGUUUCUGGGGAAGCAUGAUUGUGGAGGCAGUUACAGGCCGGAUGAACCGAGCCAAGAGUGGUCGCAAAGAGGUUCAAAAGCAAAGACAGGAAGAUGUUUUGCUCAAGGUUUUGCCGCUUUUAAUUGAAGGGUUUGAGAUAAGAGACUGCCACGAAUUGACGAUGAUCUGCUUUACGAUUUCAAUUGUUCUGGGGAGUAAUGCAGAUCUCGAGGACGCAGUGAUCGAUUCAUUGAUGGGAGCUGUUGCUCCUUUUCUAACUUCGGCUGGAGUGGAGUCGACUUCCGCUCUCACCUGUCUAGCAAUCAUGACUGCACAGAAAUCGAUAUGUCGAGUCUCUAGAGAGGUACUCCAGGCGUCUAUCAAGGUGAAGAACCUCGAUGCACGACUCCUAGAACUACAGUCGCAGAUCCCUGUACACCACCUGCUGGAGGCCCUGAUAACCUCGUCUCUGGUUGGUCUAAAGAAGAAAACUCUUGAUGCAAGGCUACCUUUCGCACGGCAACUGCUCCAAAUCUCACCCCAGAUACUGGAUUCUUCGACCAUGAGCAAACUCCUUGCUUUGCUACUCAAUAAAGCACAAGGCACUAACGCAUCCGAUGCCCCAGACUCAAUUAUUAGAGUACGCGUAAUUGAGAUCUUGCGAAUGUUGAACGACUUACCCACCUUUUCGAAUGUUUUCUCUAGUGCUGCAGCACUGACUGGAAGCUCCCUCCCAGAAGUUGAAGCUAUCAUCGGAGAAGUCAUAGAAACCUCUGUCGAGCCGAAACCUCUAAGCUCUGAUUUGAUGGAUGUCGACUCUGAUUCUCUUUCAGGAACGACGGAAAAUGGGAUCGAGGACGUGUUGGCUAACCUUCCGUCGCAAUCUAACGAAAAAUCGUUCAUUGAAGAUAAAAGUCCCCUUUUCAUAAAUCUCGCUCAAGCCUUUACAGCCUGUCAGAAGAAGCAGAACCAUUUGCAACUAUUUACGAAGCUACCAAUUUGGCGAAUUGAGUCAGGACCAUCUUUACAUCUUUAUGAAAGCUUUGUCUUGAGGUAUGCUUCUGGCCCUUUCCCGCCGUCGGAGCGUGCGACUGCCAUUGCCAGCAUUUCUCAAAGGGUAGAGACGUACACCCGAUCAACAUGUCAAGACUUUCUUCCAUUCUUGACUAUUCUUCUUGCCGAUCCUGCGAAGCCCAUUAGGCGAGCAGCUGCGACUGUCAUGUUCACAAUGCAUCAACAUAUCACUGGAGAAUUAUCCGAACUGGGAACUGGACACGAUGAAGACACGGAACCUGGAUACGAUGCCAUAGCAUUUUCACAUACGAAGCGAAUUCCCACCCGAAACCUUGAAAAACUGAUGCAACAGGCAUACAUUCCUGUAUUAGAAGAAUGUAUCCUCGAUCCGGCGCACAUCAGCAAAGUUCUACAGUUAGCCCUCGACAGUACCUCACCCUCAAUCUCUAGUGACACCAAACUCAACUUGGAGCUGAAGAAGCCACUGCGGCAUAAUUUGUUUGACCUCUUAACCAGCUACGCCGUCACAUGUCCAUUGUUAAAGAUCAAAACAGCUAUUGUUGAACUUCUCCAUGGCGUUCAUAAGGUGGGAAGUUUGACCACUUCUAACGUGCUCUCACCAAUUCUCAAAGCAUGGGCUGCACUUUCGGAGGAGGAAGCGCUAGCCGCGGCUUUUGCCGAGGGGAUCCUCAUGUCUCGCGUUGAUCACACUUUGGUCCAGCUUAUCGAUGCUCAAGACAAAGAAGCAGUAGACCGUGUACUUAUAAUGUUAACCGGAGGGCAGAAAAUUCCUCGACCUGCUCUUGUGGCUGCCUUUUUCGAUCGUAUAGGAGCGGUCUGGAAAGAUAUGCGUCCUGAAGCUCAGGUCUCGGCCACGAUUUUGCUUUUCGAAAUGUCCUUCUCCAAGGACGCCUCUCUUGCACGGGGGAGUCGCAACGUGUUGCAGACCAGCACACUCUCUACCGCUGUUCUGGCUACAAUUCUUGGGCAUGCUCUCACACGACUAACACAAAUGCGACCUGAAGGGCCGCCAAGGAAGAGGAGAAGAACCAGCCAGGGCCGUGAAAGUUUUACCAAAGACUUCGUGAACGAAUUUGACGCAGCAGUCUCGAGUUUGACCUUCGCUCUGGAGAUUGUCGAUAACUCUAAGCCAGAGAAUCAUCCCCAGCUGCUUGCUAAUCUCUUUGACCUUCUCGUCACACUGAGGCGCCUCAAGGACAAGAGCACUUCUGAUUCCCCCUAUCUGCUUACGCUCUGUCUCAGCAGCAUUUUAGCGAUUCUCUCCAAGGCUCACACGUCGCGCAAACCAAAUAUUGACAUGUCUAGUAUUCGCGCUGAUCUCGUCAUUGAGUGCGUUCGAUCAUCAGACAGUCCUCAAGUCCAAUCGACAGCUCUGCUUGUUGCAGCUUCCUUAGCCUCAUUAGCCCCUGACCGAAUCUUACACAACAUUAUGCCCAUAUUCACCUUCAUGGGCCAUAAUCUCUUUUCGCAGGAUGAUGAACGUUCAAUUUAUGUCACCAAUCAGGCCAUCGAUCAAAUCAUUCCUCCUUUGGUGAGCACCAUACAAAAGCAAGAUGCCAGGAAUCUCAUCAGCUCAACCUCGAGCUUGCUCUCCAGUUUUGUGACUGCUUACAGCCAUGUUCCCCAUCACCGACGUGUCGACUUUUACCAACGUUUAUUAGCACGGUUAGGCGUGGACGAUUUUGCAUUCGCAGUCAUCUCGCUGCUUGCGACAUCCAAAAACCACAGCGAAGAUUUACCAAAGUUCUUCAGUAUUCUCAUGGGCGAUUCAGCAGCUUAUAGUCAGCUCCUGACCUCCAGAAAGAUCGUGAAUCUAUCUCGGGAUAUCUUUUCGGCCAGGCCGCAUGAUGCUGAAGCCCUGUUGAGUGUCGCUGCGAAAUCCAAAGCAGAAAAGGAGUUUAUCGCACAAGCUCUACUUGAAACUGCUAGUACUCUACUCAAGUCUAACACUUUGAGAGCGCAAGCACGAAGGUUGAACAAAACCGAAAAGGUCAAUGCAGAGCGGUUCCGACAAGAAUAUAAUGAGAGCAUUCGCCAGUUUUUAGCACUCAUACGAGACCAGAAGGUCAAUCAUCCGCACCUGACACCUUCUACGAGGAACUGUUUGAGUUCUCUGCUUGACCUGCCUUCGCUCCAGGAUUUCCUGAACACCAUGCCCAGCCUCCUUCAAGAUCUGGAACAAUCGGGCGACCAAGAAUUACAGGUGCUUGCUCUACGAGUAUUAGCCACUCAGCUGCAACAUAAUGCAGCUAAAGAUUCAAAGACGAACUCUGAAGCCGUCGCAUUCCUUCCCACACUGGAACUGAUUCUAACGACCACGGUUAAUGAAGCUUACAGACACGCCGCAAUUGCAUGCCUGGACAGAAUUGUGGAACUUUAUGGCCGCAAGAACCCUGACUCAAUUCUCAAGAUGGCCCAUAUCCUUGUAGAAGGUGAUCACGGUCUCAGUUCGACCGACUUCAGAACUCAGGUCAUGUCUAUGCUUUGCCUAGCUUCAAUGAUGGAGGUCCUAAAGGAGACAGCAGUCCCGAUAAUACCACCUUCGAUGUCUAAAGUCCUUGCUAUUCUGAAAAACACAACUGCAGAAGAUGGGAAAAACACGGAAUUGCACACCGGAGCAUUUGCAUUGUUAUCAGAGUUCGUCUCUCACAUACCCUUCAUGUUAUCCGACGAGAAUGUUGUAGAGAUCCUUAGAGUCUCGUAUGACUCUGCCCGAGCUGACCUGGAGGCUUCUUGUACCGAGUCGAGAAAGGAGGCUCUGUCCCUCGUCGCACACAAGCUGGACAUCAAUAUUGUGACCACGGGCUUAAACCAGGCAUCCCAGCAGGUCAUUUCUGAAUCUGCUGUUGAGGCCAAUGCGUUCUCAGAAUUUCUGGACGUUUUGCAACAAGCCAUCGAACGGUCGCCAAAAUCUUUGGUCGUGAAAUCUGCCGACUCGAUAUCGACAUUCCUUCAACGGACUCUAGAUCUCCGUCGACUCAGUCAGAUCACAGAGAGGAGCUCAGCCAGCGACGUCGACGAUGGGAUCGAAUUAUCUGACAACGACAUCUCCAGUAUCGAAUCCAAGCUCCAUACUACUAGUAUCGCCUUCAUCUAUAAACUAAACGACACUGCCUUCCGACCUGUAUUCGAAAGCUGGAUAGACUGGGCCACCAAAGGUGCCGACUUGCAGGAAGUGGAGGAGUACAGCUCCAGCUCUGCGGCCAGAGUGGCUCGUAUGGCCAGCCUCUUCAACCUCCUCGGUCAUUUCUUCAACACCCUCAAGAGCAUCGUGACAAGCUACACAUCCUACAUUCUAGAACCAGCAAAUGAAGUGCUCCAGGAGACACUGAACUUAUCAUCCGCAGCAGCAGUCAAGCCAAGGGCGGACUCGAACACAUCUAACGGACCAUUGGGAUUAUACAUGUCGACACUAACCCUCCUCACCGCAACGCUCACCCAUGAUGCGGACGGCUUCUUCACGGCCCCUUCACACUUCCAACCCUUGUGCACCAACCUAGUCUCCCAAUUUACACUCCUCAACCGCGCUACGAAAUCCAAAGCACACGCCCUCCGCAACAUCAUCCAAACACACGUGCCCACGACUCUGAUCGCGCUCGCCAAAGCCACGAUCGACACGCCCGCGCACCACCACGCGCUCAACCAUCUCCUCUGCCAGAUGCGGCACAACGACUCCGCGGCGGUUCGGCUGGCCGGCAUCCGCCUGCAGGUUGCGCUAACGGAGGACGAGGACGUCGGUGACGAGUGGGUGAGUAACGUCGUGGUCGGCACGGCGACGGAGGGUGUCGGUGGGAGUGGUGAAACGAUGGUCUAUGUCAACGAGAGUCUCGAGGACGAUGACGAAUCCGUCGAGGCUGAGGUGCGGAAAUGGGUGAGACUCGUGAGGGAGAGGGCUGGGGAAGAUGUUUUCGAGGUGUGA